ACUACAAUCAGAAAGAGAUUUUUUUUUUGAAGAAGGGUUUCUGUUUAUAUUUAGUAAUGUCCAUUGCGAUCCCAGAAUCUCAAAUGACUGUAAAGCACUGUAACAAACAAAGAUCCAAGUUCCAACUCAUCACUCGUCAAUUUCCCAGUUAACCCAUUAACCAAGGAAGGAAUUGGAACUACACCCAAUUGCGGCUGAGAAGUAAAACACUCCUUUUGGCCUUAGACGCAGUCCAAACUGGUCAAUCGAAAUGGAACUGUUCAUCCCGAAUGAACUGAAACCCGCCAAAACCCGGUAGCUCUGAGAGGGGAAGAGUCUACGAAGGAGUCUCACACUCUUGUGCUUUCGAGGGCUUGUUGUUACUCUCUGAUUCAACGUGUCACUGGAAGAUCUGGAGAUGAAGCACAGGACGGAGAUUCUUUGGAGUAGAAAGCUCUUACCCUAUGUUCUACUGGGUCUUAUUGUUUCUCUGGGUUUACUCUGUGUUUACUACGUUUCCUCGCUUGCUCCUGCUCUACCCCGCUCCAAUGACCAAGGCGGUGGAGAAGAUGGAACUGACCCUUUGUUUGGCAGGCCCCUCCAAAGGGAUGACGACGACUUUGAUAAUUUAUUUGAAGAUCAAGACCACAAUCUAGAAGUCCCCAAGAGCAUUCCUGUCUGUGAUAUGAAAUUGUCGGACUUGAUUCCUUGCUUGGACAGAAAUCUAAUCUACCAACUGAAAAUGAAGCUAAACUUGACCUUUAUGGAACACUAUGAACGGCACUGCCCACCACCUGAACGCCGUUAUAAUUGCCUCAUUCCACCCCCAGUUGGUUAUAAGAUCCCUAUUAGAUGGCCGGCGAGCAGGGAUGAAGUAUGGAAGGCAAACAUACCACAUACGCAUCUCGCACACGAGAAAUCAGAUCAGAAUUGGAUGGUGGUGAAUGGGGAUAAGAUAAAUUUCCCUGGUGGGGGAACCCAUUUUCAUUAUGGGGCGAAUAAGUACAUCGCUGCAGUUGCUAGGAUGCUUAAAUUCCCUGGUGACAAACUCAACAACGGUGGAAACAUAAGAAAUGUAUUGGACGUUGGUUGUGGGGUGGCCAGUUUUGGGGCCUACCUUCUUUCACACAACAUCAUAGCCAUGUCGAUUGCGCCGAAUGAUGUUCAUGAGAAUCAAAUACAGUUUGCACUGGAGAGGGGAAUCCCUUCAACCCUCGGUGUGUUGGGGACAAAAAGACUUCCUUAUCCAAGUCGUUCGUUUGAACUGGCUCAUUGCUCUCGAUGUAGGAUAGAUUGGCUUCAGAGAGAUGGGAUUCUCUUAUUAGAACUGGAUAGAUUGCUAAGACCUGGAGGCUAUUUUGUGUACUCUUCUCCUGAAGCCUAUGCCCAUGAUGAGGCCAACCGAAGAAUUUGGAGUGCUAUGAGUGAUCUCCUUACUAGGAUGUGCUGGAGAAUUGUUUCAAAAAGAGACCAGACUGUUAUAUGGGCUAAGCCAUUGAGUAACAGCUGCUACUUGAAGAGAGAUCCUCAGACUAAACCUCCUGUGUGUAGCUCUGAAGAUGACCCAGAUGCGUCUUGGAAUAUAUUUCUGAAGGCAUGCAUAACACCCUAUUCGGCAAAUGUGCAUAGGGAAAGAGGCAGUGGGCUGUUACCAUGGCCUCAAAGGCUAACUGCAGCACCUCAUCGUCUGGAAGAACUUGGUGUUAAUUCUAAGGAAUAUCAGGAAGACACAGAAAUUUGGCAUUUGAGAGUGACGGAUUACUGGAAGCAGAUGAAAUCUGUAAUACAGAAGAACUCUUUUAGAAACAUUAUGGAUAUGAAGUCAAACCUUGGUGGAUUUAUUGUGAAUAAGUUGAAGACUCCAAGGCUUGGAGGAAUAGGCCCACCUGUGCGUUAA